AAAAUCAUAUCACAAAAGUUUCUAAGCGAUGCUAGAUUUAAAUAGAGUUAAAAACCAUCAUUAUUGAAAUUCCAGAAUGAGAAAAUGAGUGACAACGUGAAAGAUUCCUGCGAGGCCUAUAUAUAACAUAUAUCAUAGGCAUCUGAUACGCAGAAACUCAGCUAUGUUAGUUACCGAAAAUAGCUUCAUAGAUACUGUCCUGCGGUCGUUCUUGUUGUAAUUGUUCCUCUUCAUAGCUCAUAAUUGUAGGCUCUAACCGUUUUGCUUCAGAUGUUUUUAUAACUUUUGCAUUGUUAGGCAGCGGAACGCCGAAUCUCUUGCAUAGUAGGCUUUCUGGUAUGAACUCAGUAACAAUUCGUGACGGUUCGAGGAACUUCUUGGGAGGAGCAUCUGUUGUCGGCAAUUGUUUGGAUUCAUCACUCUUAGACAUCGUAGCAGAAACAAAACGGUUUCCCAUAAUUGCUGAAAGCGGACGAUAUAGCGAAGCAGUUUGCAUAAACUCGGACAAAAGUACUGCCGACAUUCCUGAGAGUAAUGAGGAAUCAUCCUGUAGAUGCGCUUGAAGAAAUUUAUCAUAUAAAGGUUUUCGUUCAUCUUCAUAUGGGUGAUCAGGUCGCUCUGACGCUAGUUGAGCAGUCUUCGAGUCUAUGAGACGCCAAUCUGAAUUCUGAGAAUUGACUUUAUGCGCUUUCUCAUGUGUAUUUAAGUCUCCUUCGAGCCGUCGUCCUCUCUCGUCUGCUCGCAAUUCCUUAAUUGGCAAAGAUUCUGAUGCUGAAGAGCAUUUAAGUUUUUGAUAACGCAAGUACUUGGGUUGCCAAUCCGCUGGAAUGUCCGGAAGAGUACUAUGUGAGGUGAUCGAAAGCAUGAAUGGUUUGGCGCGAGUGACAAAACCAGGGAACAAAGUUGAUUCAGCUGCUUGUACCUUUUUUUCUCCUUUUGUGGAGACCAAAGAUACAUUGCUCUUGCUCUUUUUUUUUAUGAAAGCAUGCCGAAUAGUGGGUAGGCUGUUCGAUAGAACGGGUUUGGGUUUUUUUAUGGUAAGGGCUUUAUCAUAGUGUACAUUAAUUGGAGGUCCUGUAUCAUAAAUAUCGGCAUCUUCUUCUUCUUCGUUGUUAAGCGCACCUAAACUGAUGUCUGGGUCUCGUUUCCGCAAAACAUUAGACUGAAUCCGAGUUGCUUUAACCCGUUGAAUUGUCUUAUCUUCCGCAUAUCCGAGACCAUGGUAUGCGUGCAUGUCUUGUGGAAAGACCGGGAUAUCUCGUCUACCCACAAAGGUUUGGCCAUUCCACCCCAUCUGUCGAAGGAGUUUUUCUCCGCAAAAUGAGUUUGAAGACGUAGUUAAUUCUCGGAGCAAAGGAUCAUCUAAAGAACAGGCACUGUUAAUAGUGGGCUGUCUCGGGAUAAAUUGUAAUGACGCAUCGCGAUCGGCGAGGUCCUCUUCGUCCAUUAUGUCCUCCAGUGUUGGUGCAUUUGCUACUGAUGCCCGAUUUGUUCGGGAACUCGACCACGAACUUGGUGUCCAUCCUUCCUUCGAACCGACCGUGUUAAAAUAACCAGCAGAGAAACCGCCUGUAAAAGCUCCAUGGAAUCUUUUCCGUCCAGAUUCAUCUCUAGCUUCUUGUAACCAGCUUGGAGGGUGUGAACCGUAUUGCUGGUACACAGCGUGUUUAGGAGCCAAAGGCACCCCAUAUACAAUGUAUGGAAAGUCUUCACUGGUUGGCAAAGACCGUUUUCUUAAGGAAUUCAUAAUCAUAAAUUCAGUAAAAGAUAAACAGAGGUAACAAAAAGGACGAUGACUUAAAGUGAUUAAGUAAUAGAAGAAAUGAUUAUCAUGAAGGAAUAUGGAAACAAAUUAUGAUUCCUAAAAAUACAUAUACCACCAAAUGUCACAAAUAAAUCUCUGUUUCAGUUGUACAGUGAAUGGAGUCCAUUCCAGUGCCAGUCAGUCUCUUACUCCGCACAGCACGACAAUGUUGUUUUUGUCCGUUUCGGGUUUUGGUGGUGAAUCCGAGUCAUCAAAUAUCCUGGUUGGCAGCACUGCAACCAUACAGAUGCUAAACGACAGGUAUCAAAACUCUCAAAAGAGUUGACUACACUCCUAGUAAUUUUCAAUUUGCAUAUGACAAUUUCUUUUUUUUACUCUACACAUUAGUUUUCUUUGUUUUUUUGCGUGGCCGCUGAACAAUAAAACUCACCACCAAAAAGUUGCUCUGGAUUAAUCCGCGAUGCUGGGGAAUCAGCGGAAGCGGAAGUGCUGGAACAAUCCUACUUGAUUUGAAGGGCUGCGGCCGGUAAGACUGCUUCUCUUACCCCUUUUCUAAAGACUGUUAAAAACCUCUCAACUGUUACGAGGUACGAUUACUGGCAAUCUGGCCUCUCGCAGGUCAACGCAGUACUUUUGCUCAUCAGAUAGAACAUUUUGGAACAACGAUUGCCAACUUGUUGAAAAAGGAUAUCUUUAAAUCGUAAACUGUAAUAUUACCAGUUUCUUAGUGAACCUGGUUUCUCGACGAAUUUUCACGUCGAGCAAGUUCGAAUGUUUCAGGGCUUUCCUUCAUGAUACUUGUGUUUUCUUUUCUUUUAUUUAGAGAGAAUCAACCGCAUCCUGGUUUCUUUUGUCAUUGAUCCACGAUAUCGGUAGGACAUGUCAACCCCUAUCACUAAUACUGAGACUGUGGACAGUGUUUUUUCAAACAUUGGAGAUUUUAUUGAUUCUUUUCCUGCUCGAAUACACGUCAACACUCGAGGAAAACUGAUUGUCAUUCAUCGCACAGAGUUGAACUUUCUUCCCGAGUGUCUACUUGCCCUUAUACUCCCAAAUGGAUUACAGCCGUUGUUUGAAAACAAAGGCGCCACGAGGGAGACGGCGCUUCCCUGUACACGAAUUGAUCCUUCUGUUUUAAGUUGGUUGUUAAAUAGUUUUCAGAAACUUACACGUGAUACAUACCUUCAGAGCAACUGGAUUUCACAAUCAUUCCCCGGAACUUCCGCAUCUAUUCUUCUAAUUGAAUAUUGUGAUAUUUUUGUCGUUCCUCAAGACCUGAAACCAGUGACGCUCGAAUUAAAAAAAGAGGUGCUUAAUAAUGUUCUUCGCCAAAAUAAAGUGUUUCAGGAUUUACUGGAACGAAAAAGCGAUUCAAACUCUAGUUUUCCGGAAUAUGCUUUAAUGGACUUACUAUGUUGCAGUGGAUUUAGCGCGAAAGACAAGUGGAUGAAACGCAUUAAAGAACCGGGAAGGACAAGCAUAUGCUCUUACAACCUUGUUUGUAUGCGGUGUUCCGAUUUGAAAACGGAUCAAGAUGAUUCAAUCUCAUACAAACUGCUUUUAUUUUGGAGAAAACCAUCGAGCAAAUGUUGGUGGAUACCUUCUACACAAAAAUUGAAUGGGCGUACUGUCCGCGUUUGGAAGAGGAAAACAUGGGUAUUGGAAGUGAAUGUAUUUGGCAAUGAUUCCCCUCUUCAAUCGUUGUAGUGUUAAUUUAUAUGAUAAUAGUAAGCAUUCUAUCCUUGUAGAACGGUGAUAGCUAUGUGCACGGACUUGUGAUUACAA